CUCUGAAGGAGCGAAGGCCGUGUUCUACUCCUUUCGUUGUGGGGAAAAAACAGAUUGCCAGACGGUAACUCAGCCAUCAUCCAAGUCUUUACCUUCGAUUAAAGGAUGGACGCCACUGGAGAGGAAGAUGCAGACACGAUCCGACUGAAAUCAGUUAAAGACUAUAAAACGUUUACAGUGCCUCAGAAUGACAGAUUUGGGAGCUGCAGAAGUGUCAGAGAGUUUGAGAAACUCAAUCGGAUAGGUGAAGGAACCUACGGCAUCGUGUACCGAGCCCGCGACACCAGGUCCAAUGAAAUUGUGGCUCUGAAAAAGGUCAGAAUGGACAAAGAGAAAGACGGGAUCCCCAUCAGCAGCCUCAGAGAGAUCACGCUGCUGCUGAGGCUCAGACACCCCAACAUAGUGGAGCUUAAAGAAGUGGUUGUGGGCAGCCAACUUGAGAGCUUGUUUCUGGUGAUGAGUUACUGUGAGCAGGACCUGGCCAGUCUGCUGGAGAACAUGCAGACGCCCUUCUCUGAAACCCAGGUCAAGUGUAUUGUUCUUCAGCUGCUCAAAGGACUGGAAUAUCUCCACCACAACUUCAUCAUACACAGGGACCUGAAGGUGUCUAAUCUGCUGAUGACAGACAAAGGCUACGUUAAGAUAGCGGAUUUCGGGUUAGCCAGGAUGUACGGGAUCCCCCAGCCGCUCAUGACUCCCAGAGUGGUCACGCUGUGGUACCGAGCUCCAGAGGUCCUGCUGGGAACCAAGAUCCAGACGACAGCUCUGGACAUGUGGGCAGUGGGCUGUAUCCUGGCGGAGCUGCUGGCCCACAAGCCUCUGCUUCCUGGAACCUCUGAGAUCCAGCAGGUGGACCUGAUCGUUCAGCUGCUGGGAACUCCCAAUGAGAACAUCUGGCCGGGUUUCUCUCAGCUGCCGCUCAUCGGUCAGUACAGUCUGAGGAAGCAGCCCUACAACAACCUGAAGAACAAGUUCACCUGGUUGUCAGACGCCGGACACAGACUCCUCAACCUGCUCUUCAUGUACAACCCACUGCGCAGAGCGACCGCCAAAGACUGUUUGGAGAGUUCCUACUUCAAAGAGAAGCCCCUGCCUUGUGAACCAGAGCUGAUGCCAACGUUCCCCCACCAUCGAAACAAGAGAGCCGCGCCUCCUGCUGAGAGCUUCUCCAAGCGGAGUAAAGUUUGACUCGGACUCUGGACUGGAACCCCGAACUCCUUUGAUCCUCACGUCCGGGUGGAUCUUCUGGAAAACUCCAGCCCAGUCCGAGGACAGCUAAACGUGGAGCCGUGAAGAACGCCGUCAUGGUUUCCGCAUUUUUUUACUGAACAAGUUGACUUAAUGGAAAUGACUUGGAAAAAAAAAUCCAUUCUCUUCCACAUCGUCAUGAUUCUCCGAGCUAACUUCACUUGUAGUUAUGAUAAAUGUCAGGUAAGCGAGAAAGAAACGGACUAAAUAAAACCACAUUGUCUUCAGAUUUGUGACUAAAAGCUGUCAGAUGGUGUUUGGUCCUCAGUGCUGAGCGGAUUUGGAGAUUUCUGUCCUCAGAUCAGGAGGAGUUUGAUCCUCUUGUGUUCUGAAUGUAAAGAUGAGCAGCAGGACUUUGAAAAUUGGAUCAAAGCCUCUCAGAACAGACGUGUCAUCACGGGUUCUUUUUGCACCACUCGAGAAGUUCACUGCAUCAGAAAGAAGCUCCCGUUUGGAUGUUGGGCUCCUGAAUAUACUCAUGUUUGAUGCUGAAACGAGAGCAUUUCCCCCCAAAAUGCUUCAUCUGGGUUGGGAGACUGUCUUUCAGACAGCUGCUGCUGUGCGCCUCCUGCAGUGUAGAGGCUGGCCUUUGCUGCACUGCCAACGCUGAUCUCAGCUCUUUUACCGUCUUCGGUGGCUAAUGUGAUAACAUUUCUACAAAAAUAAAAAUCUACACUGUAAA